AGGCCGGGGGAGAGGUGCCUAGAGCCACCAACAAGUCCCCCCCUCCACCUCUCGGUUGGGGAAGGCUGUGUCCUCUGACUGGCCUCCUCUCCCAACCCCUGGGAUCCCCCACCCCUGUGUCCUGUGUCGCCUCACCCAGGGCUGCAGAGCCUCCUUGGACCUCCCGCGGGCCAACCCGAGGGCUGCAGAUUCCUUCUCCCCAGGCGCGUUGCCCAAGGCCGUGGGUGAGGGGCAAGUGGAUCUGGGGGUAGGGGUGUUGGGUCCUUGAUCUCAGCUCGGCAAAGUCCGUUCUGGGCGGCGACGGGGCCCACCCAGGCUCCUGGUCUUACCUGGCCCGCGCGGCGGCUGCAUACCUCCCCGGAUGGGCUCCUGCCGCCCUUCUCCGGCGCCAGAUCCCGCGUUGGAGAGCCUGAGACCUCCGGGCCAGCGCUGCCAUCACAGCCAGGCCGGCGGGAGGCGGUACGGGAUCGGCGCCCUCGCCUCGGCUCUUCCAACUGCCGCCGCCAGGACCCGGGGCCAGGAGCCGCCGCGGAGCCACCUGACACCUUUAAAUAGCACCGGGGCUGGCGAAACUGGAGCCCCGCGCGGCGCGCCCCGGCUCGCGCCCCGGAUUGCUGGAAGCCCCGGCGGCGGCAGCGCCCGCGUCAGCGCCCUCCUCCUGGGGCCCCGUGCGGCUGUGCUCGCCUCUGCCGCUGCGCUAAUCGGCCCCGAGCCCGGCCCGCGCGCUGCCGGGCGCGGCCUCCUUCCCGCCUGCCGCCCGCCCGCGCCUCCCGGCGCCCGAGCUGCCCGCGGGCUGGGUCCCCGAGGCCCGAGCCGCCCCGGCCGGGCCCCCAAAAGAGGCCGAGAUGACUUCCAAGGAGGACAGCAAGGCGGCACCGGGGGAGGAGAGGCGGCGCAGCCCGCUGGACCACCUGCCGCCUCCCGCCAACUCCAACAAACCGCUGACGCCGUUCAGCAUCGAGGACAUCCUCAACAAGCCGUCUGUGCGGAGAAGUUACUCGCUGUGCGGGGCGGCGCACCUGCUGGCGGCCGCGGACAAGCACGCGCCGGGCGGCUUGCCCCUGGCGGGCCGCGCGCUGCUCUCGCAGACCUCGCCGCUGUGCGCGCUGGAGGAGCUUGCCAGCAAGACUUUUAAGGGGCUGGAGGUCAGCGUCCUGCAGGCAGCCGAAGGCCGCGACGGGAUGACCAUCUUUGGGCAGCGGCAGACCCCCAAGAAGCGGCGAAAGUCGCGCACGGCCUUCACCAACCACCAGAUUUACGAGUUGGAGAAGCGUUUCCUCUACCAGAAGUACCUGUCCCCCGCCGAUCGCGACCAAAUUGCGCAGCAGCUGGGCCUCACCAAUGCUCAGGUCAUCACCUGGUUCCAGAAUCGGCGUGCCAAGCUCAAACGGGACCUGGAGGAGAUGAAGGCCGACGUGGAGUCCGCCAAGAAACUGGGCCCCAGCGGGCAGAUGGACAUCGUGGCGCUGGCCGAACUCGAGCAGAACUCGGAGGCUGCGGGCGGCGGCGGCGGCGGCGGCGGCUGCGGCAGGGCUAAGUCAAGGCCUGGCUCUCCGGCACUCCCCACAGGCGCCCCGCAGGCCCCGGGCGCCGGGCCCCUGCAGCUCUCGCCCGCCUCCCCGCUCACGGACCAGCCGGCCAGCAGCCAGGACUGCUCGGAGGACGAGGAAGACGAAGAGAUCGACGUGGACGAUUGAGAGGCGCCCGGCAUCUUCCGCAGCCCCGGGCUCCUAGCGCUCUUUGCCCGCCACCUCCCGGACAGGACCGCCGAGGGGAGCUGGGACCUCCUCUGCAACUCCCGCCUUCUCCCCUGUCCCUGGCCCGGACUCGGCUCCCGGCAGCCGCCUCUUCCCUCUCGAAGCAAUAAACCCGGGCUGGCCGGCCGAGCCGGCCGCCGCGCGCGGCCUCCGCUGCCCCGGGAGCCCUCGCCGUGCAAUUCUGUAUGGCUUCUGUAUAAAUAUUUAAACCUAUAUACCGGGUUCUUCCCACCGCAGCCUGACUUUUUUUCUUUAUUUCUUUUAUUUUUUAAAAUCUCGGAGAUUUCCAUGUUCUCAACGCUCAGGCUGCCGGGUUUGCUGAGGGCGAGAUAGAAUCGAGGGUAAUGAACACUUAACCUCGAGGUCUGGAGGAGGUGCAGCCCCGACUUUUUGAUUUUUCUCUGCAUGUGGCGAAUGCACCGGCCCUCUCCCUCCUCACCUCCCUAGGCCUAUUGCAGUUGAUUUCUUUUAUUUCUUUCUGCCUUUAUUCCCCCCCCACACACGUGGGAAGGGGCUGAGGGAGGCAACCGGGUCCUGACUUGCGAGUUUCAAAUCGAUGUUUCCCCCACCCCAGCGAGAGAAGUCUGUUUUCGAUGCCAUUUCUGCCUCCUAAUGCCCAGUAAUGCUAUUUUUAAGAUUCCUCCCACCCUCUCCCGGUUGCCUGGGACUGACUAUUGGGGUCCGGGUCUUAGGGACAAAGCAGGGGGAAAUCCAACAACCAACCAACCAACCAACGAAAACAGAACCCAAAGCCCAAGAAUUAUUUUUUACUCUUUUUAGAAUUUUUUUGCAUGUGUCAGAGACUGAGAGGAGGCCGACCUAAGCCCUCGCGCCACCUCCUCCACAGCUCUGGGUCUGUCUUGCGGUAUCCAACGCCCUGCUCCUAGCUCGACUUGGCCAGACGAGGGUGCCUGGAUGAGGGUGGGUCCCGCGUGCCACUCCCCUGCUCCUGCCCUGCCCUCUCCUCCCCGGACUGUACCCAAGGCCUCUUUCUCCGAUAAAUAAAGUCUUUGCCAUUUUACUAGA